AUGACCCCAAUGAUGCGAUAUGGGUACAAGAAGUUUUUAACAGAGGAGGAUCUUUGGAAUUUGGCAAAGAGAGAUACAGCUAAAGAGACCGGCAGUGCUUUCCAAAAGGCAUGGGAUCGUGAAAUUGAACAUAGAAAGAAUCCAUCUUUAUGGAUGGCUAUUUUCAAUGCUUUCUCAGGUCCUUACUUCAGAGGCUCUAUUUUCAAGAUAUUCUCGGACACCUCUGCAUUUAUUCAGCCUCAACUUCUCAGAUUGCUCAUUAACUUUGUAGCAUCAUAUGGGGAAGGCAAAGAGAGCCAACCCAUCGUCAAAGGUGCCGCUAUCGCCUUGGGUAUGUGCGCUGUUUCAGUGGUACAAACUAUUGCACUCCAUCAAUACUUCCAACGUGCAUUCGAAACUGGAAUGCGCAUCAAGACAGCCCUCACCUCAGCAAUAUACUCAAAAUCACUCAAGCUCUCCAACGAAGGAAGAGCGGCAAAGUCCACUGGUGACAUUGUCAACUAUAUGGCAGUAGAUACUCAACGUCUCCAAGAUCUUUCCCAAUAUGGGCAACAAUUGUGGUCUGCUCCAUACCAAAUUACUUUGUGUAUGCUGAGUCUCUAUCAACUUGUCGGUUGGUCUAUGUUGGCAGGUGUUGGGGCAAUGAUCUUCAUGAUACCAGUAAAUGGAUUCAUUGCCCGCUUCAUGAAGAGACUGCAGAAGAAGCAAAUGAAAAACAAGGUGGGUCAUUUGCAAAGCCUCCUGGCUUGACCGUUCUACGAGAAGCUGACCGAUUUUAGGACUCGAGAACUAGACUCAUUGCGGAAAUUGUUAACAACAUGAAGAGUAUCAAGCUUUAUGCUUGGGGAAGUGCUUUUAUGCAAAAGCUCAACUAUGUGCGAAACGAUCAAGAGUUAAAAACACUUCGCAAAAUAGGUGCUGCACAGGCUAUUGCUAACUUCACUUGGUCAACAACCCCCUUCCUGGUAUCAUGCUCAACAUUUGCUGUCUUCGUUUUGACCAAUGAUACUCCUCUAACCACAGAAAUUGUGUUCCCUGCCUUGACGCUCUUCAACAUGCUCACAUUUCCGUUGGCUAUUCUGCCCAUGGUUAUCACUGCCAUCAUCGAAGCAUCAGUUGCUGUCGGCCGUCUUACUUCGUUCUUCGUGGCCGAGGAGCUCCAGCCAGAUGCUGUUAUCUUGAAAGGUGCUGUGGGAGAACAUGGUGAUGAGAGUCUCUCAAUCCGUGACGGAACAUUCUCUUGGGAUAGACAUUCGGACCGAACAGCCCUUGAAAACAUCGAUUUCGCAGCUACAAAGGGCGAGCUCUCCUGCAUUGUCGGUCGCGUUGGAGCAGGCAAGUCUUCGUUCCUUCAAGCACUUCUCGGAGAUUUGUGGAAGGUCCGAGGACAGGUCGUGGUGCAUGGCUCGACUGCCUAUGUAGCCCAACAGGCCUGGAUUAUGAAUGCUAGCGUCAAGGAAAAUAUUUUGUUCGGUCAUCGGUACGAUCCAUCUUUCUACGAUAAAACUAUCAAGGCAUGUGCUUUGACAGAGGAUUUUGCCCAAUUGCCUGAUGGAGAUGAUACCGAAGUAGGAGAGCGCGGCAUUUCAUUAAGUGGUGGUCAAAAAGCAAGAUUGACGUUAGCAAGAGCCGUUUACGCUCGGGCUGAUAAUUAUCUUCUCGAUGACUGCCUAUCAGCCGUCGAUCAACAUGUUGGAAGACAUCUGAUUGAAAAUGUUCUGGGACCUAAUGGAUUACUUGCUGGAAAAACAAGAGUUCUCGCCACAAAUUCUAUUCCUGUUUUGAUGGAAGCAGACUUCAUUUGCUUAUUGCGAGAAGGAAAGAUCAUCGAGCGUGGUACAUACAAUCAACUCAUGGCCAUGAAAGGAGAAGUUUCAAACCUCAUCAAAACCGCAGGCAACCAAGAUCAUUCAAGUGGGGAAGGCUCUUCCAGUAGUUCCUCCACAAUCAUGACUGGUAGUCCACUUGAUGACCACGAAAAGUCCGAAGAAAUGGAAGAAGCUCAGGAACGUCUCUCGCAAUUACCACCAAUUAGAGGUGGCUCUUCAGUCCCUUCUAACAGACGCAAGGGAAGUACAACAACUCUGAGACGUGCAAGUUCUGCAAGCUUCAAGGGUCCUCGAGGCAAACUUCGCGAUGAGGAGGAACCGAGUUCCAAAACCAAACAAAACAAAGAGUUUACCGAACAAGGAAAGGUCAAGUGGAAUGGUAGGUUUUCCGCUUGUUCCGGUCUCUCCACAAACAUGUCUCGCUAACCCCUGGCAGUCUACGCUGAAUACGCCAAAACAAGUAAUUUGGCAGCUGUGGCCAUCUAUGGUAUAAUGUUAAUUGGAGGCCAAACAGCAUCAGUCGGUAAGAAGAUGUCUCAUAGUUCCCACAAUUGAAAACUGCUUAUCUUUUCGAACAGGUGGCAGCUUUUGGCUCAAGAAAUGGUCCGAAAUCAAUGCCAGUAACGGCCAUAACCCGGAAGUUGGCAAGUACAUAGGUAUCUACUUUGCCUUCGGCAUUGGAUCCGCAGCCCUUAGCGUCGUGCAGACGUUGAUUCUUUGGAUUUUCUGUUCAAUUGAGGUACGUUUCCGAUGGCAACGGGCUGGUGCAUCAUGUCAAUGCAGUUGAGAUUGCGCGGAAGCUAAUCUCGUGUUCCCGCAGGCAUCCAGGAAGCUCCAUGAGCGAAUGGCUUUCGCAAUCUUUAGGUCGCCAAUGAGUUUUUUUGAGACGUAAGUAGUAAUGAUUCCCAUAUGGAACAUAUUGACUAACCAACCUACAGGACUCCGGCUGGACGAAUUCUCAACCGAUUCAGGUACGUCCACAGCCAAUUCCCGCUUUUGUUUCCAAGUUCCUUUUCUUCCACCUUCCUCCUGGUCCCCAGAUCUCGGUCAAGGUGGACGUGAUUGUCGGUGAAAUCUGGUGUCGUGUUGCAAUCCUUUUCCUUGGACCCGAUCGAAGUGCGGGGAUUGUGCAGCAUACUGAAAACGAGUGUUGAUCUUGGCUGUCUCGCCGCUUCCUUGCGUCCUGCUCCCGGCCUGGCGGUGGUGGUGGUGGGGAUGCAUAUGCAUCCCAACACUGCGCACCGAUUUGUCAAAUCCCAUGCCUGUGUAACACCACACACCCGAGACAGAUCUCACGCUGGUUUUACUGACUCUUAUCGCGCUAUAGUUCUGAUAUUUACCGUGUUGACGAGGUAAGUGGACACGACCAGCCCCCCCUUUUCCCGAUUUGGUGAGAUGCGAGAUCAAGGCUGAUUUGGACAAUAGGUGCUUGCGAGGACCUUCAAUAUGCUAUUCGUUAAUAGUGCACGGGCUUUGUUCACACUGGCUGUCAUCUCAUCUUCGACCCCGGCUUUCAUCGCUCUCAUUAUCCCGCUGUCUGGUGUCUAUUACUGGGUCCAACGCUAUUACCUGCGCACCUCGCGGGAACUAAAGCGUUUAGACUCGGUCAGUCGGAGCCCAAUCUAUGCCCAUUUCCAAGAGUCAUUGGGUGGUAUUACUACCAUUCGGGCAUACCGACAGCAGUUACGUUUCGCUAUGGAGAAUGAAUGGCGGGUAGACGCCAACCUGCGGGCGUAUUUUCCUUCGAUCAACGCAAAUAGGCGAGUUCCUAAUCGACGCAGACGUGACCUUUGACUAACGGUGGGAAUAGAUGGCUCGCGGUGCGACUUGAGUUCCUUGGCUCCAUCAUUAUCUUCAGUGCGGCUGGUUUCGCUAUUAUAUCCGUCGCAACUGGCACUCAACUGUCUGCCGGUAUGGUCGGACUGGCCAUGUCAUAUGCACUUCAAAUCACCCAAUCUUUGAAUUGGAUUGUUCGUCAAACCGUUGAGGUGGAGACAAAUAUCGUGUCAGUGGAACGAGUUCUUGAGUAUGCACGACUGCCGAGCGAAGCACCCGAAGUAAUUCAUCGACACCGCCCUCCAAUCAGUUGGCCUGCUGCAGGUGCAGUCGAAUUCCACGAUUUCAGUACGCGGUAUCGCGAAGGACUAGACCCGGUUCUCAAGAAUAUUAACAUUGACAUAAAACCUCAUGAAAAAAUUGGUGUUGUUGGACGGACUGGAGCAGGGAAGUCUUCUUUGACGCUUUCACUUUUCCGUAUCAUCGAACCUAUCGAAGGCAACAUCAGCAUUGAUUCCUUGAACACAUCGACAAUCGGAUUACUAGAUCUCAGACGGAGGCUUGCCAUUAUUCCCCAGGAUGCGGCUCUUUUCGAGGGGACAAUCAGGGAUAACCUUGACCCUGGUAACGUUCAUGAUGACACAGAGCUAUGGGAUGUGCUCGGUAAGUUCGUCCCUGCUCAUUACAAAAGUCUCCAUGAGUUCCAACCUGCAACAUGUGUUGGUAUCUUGAUGGGUUGGUUGUGCCUGUGGUACAUGAGAGAUCAGAUUCUGCGCGGCGCGAGUAAUACGAUGAGACCUGAAUGCUGACGAUUCUUUAGAACAUGCCAGGCUGAAGGAUCAUGUUGCUACCAUGGAUGGUGGUCUGGAAGCGAAAGUUCAAGAAGGGUUCGUCCUCCCAUACCCUGUUCCUAUCCCGUUCAUUUUUCUUUCCUUUCCUCCGUCUCACUACUUUUUCUGCUUUGAAAUGUGUGUCGCACGGUGCCAACGCAUUGUCCCACUGUCACAUUUAUAUACCACAUGGCCCCUCUUUUGCCCUAACUCAACCCGUCUCCCCGAUCCCUUCAAAUCAGAACCCCUAUCGUCGUCAACCUAAAAUCUUACCGUCUCUUCCCUCCGUUGUUCUCCGUUCCCUUGACCCAUGAAUAGCACAAGGCUAACAUGACUUCUUUCCCCAAUCCGCAGGGGCUCGAACCUCUCACAAGGUCAACGUCAACUCGUAUCCCUUGCUCGGGCGCUCCUCACCCCGUCGAACAUCCUCGUGCUCGACGAAGCGACAGCGGCCGUUGACGUAGAGACGGACGCCUUGUUGCAGACGACGUUGAGGUCGCCGCUCUUUGCGAACCGCACCAUCAUCACCAUUGCGCAUCGGAUCAACACGAUUCUGGACUCGGACCGGAUUGUGGUGUUGGAUCAAGGGAGGGUGGCGGAGUUUGAUACGCCCAAGAAUUUGAUUGAGCAGCGGGGGCAGUUUUGGAAGUUGGUUAGGGAGGCGGGGCUGGAUGGUCCGUCGAGGUAGUACAAUACCAUAGUUUCUUAUGGGGACUGAGGUAUGAUGAUGCAUAGGAAUGGGAACCAAUGGCGACGAAAUGAAUUGGAUGUGUUGGGCAUUGUGUGAGCAAAAUACGGGGAUUUGGGUAUUUCUUUUUACUCUCAAGGUGCUUCUCUUCUGACGAGCCUUUAUGGAGAGAAAUGAAGUAGUGCAACUAAAGUAGGUAAGAGAGGCGCGGAAAAUGGGGUAAAGGAAAUUGUAUGGGGAGAUGAGAUGAGAAGAUGGGGAGUUUCUUUGACAUCCUUGGUAUUUUGGAUAGUUUUCUCUCUUUCUCUCACUCUUUUGGGUUAGAGUAAAUAGAUAGAUCUAGUCAGCGGCCAUUGGAAUAAAUAUAUUCUGAAAUAUGAAUGUUGAUGUG